AUGCCCACCGUUUUAUUCACCAUUGCAGGCAGAAACUUCACUCUACCUCCAGAGGAGUACAUUCUGAAGCUCGGGGACAGUGCUCUAGCUAUAUGCAUUAGUGGUUUUACAGCACACGAUGUUCCUCCACCUCGUGGACCUUUCUAUUGGACCCUGGGAGAUGUGUUCAUGGGAAAAUACCACACCGUUUAG